GACAGCAAUAAAGCAAUUUGAUUGCUUGUUGUGCAGACACACCCAUGUGACACUGCCUUUCCCUGAUUGCUUUAUUCAUUCAAGAUAUGCCAAAAGCAUACAUUGUAUUUUUUUACUUUUUCUUUCAUUGUUUCAAUAUUAAUCGACAAUUCUUCUCAAUAAUUUGUGGGAGUUCUUGAAGAACCCUUCUUCUUUUUUGUAAUUUCAUUGUGAGCAAAGGUGAUAUUUUGAUUGUAGAAGGGUGAACAAGUAAUUAGACCCAUCUCAUAUAAUUAAGAGCAAGUUUUGAGAGUGCAGAGGCCUUCACAUCUCUCUGGGUUUUCCUCAUUGUAUGUUUCUGAGUCUUUGAAUUCUUCAUUUCCAAAGAAAAGAUGGUUGUGGUGGAGGCCAUUCUGUCGUCCGUGUUUGAGGUGGUGCUGGACAAGCUGGUGGCUACCCCUUUGUUAGAGUAUGCACGUCUCAUAUAAAAUUCAAUGCUUGAGGGUGUAUGUCUUGCUUUUAUCUGCGCUCAUUACUUAUUCAUUCAGGUGCAGUGAAACAGAGGGAACAAAUGGAAGAUUCUGUUCAGUAAGGUUUACGUACUCAAAUCAUCCGUUCACGAAUAUUACAGUUCAGACUCUAUGGUAUAUUCAGAUGUAAUGGAGGGUUCAACAAAAUGUGUUCAUAGCUGCAGGGGUCCUGUUUUCAGUUAAGCACAAGGAAUGAUCACAACACCUUAAUGCUCGUCUAUCAUUGGUUAUGUUGGAGUUUCAGCUAUUGUUGAGGACUGUACUUUGGUUGAGAAUUCUCAGUGACAACAUCAUGGACAUCCAUUCCAUGAUUUUGCUCCAAUGGAUUGCCUUUUAACUUACCACAGCAGCUAUUAAAGGACUGUAGCUUCACCAGUCAGCAGGUGAUAUUUUGAUUGUAGAAGGGUGGACAAGUAAUUAGACCCAUCUCAUAUAAUUAAGAGCAAGUUUUGAGAGUGCAGAGGCCUUCAUAACUCUCCGGGUUUUCCUCAUUGUAUGUUUCUGAACUUCUGAAUCCUUCGUUUCCAAAGAAAAAUGGUUGUGGUGGAGGCGUUUCUGUCUUCCUUAUUUGAGGUGGUGCUGGACAAGCUGGUGGCUGCCCCUUUGUUAGAUUAUGCACGCCAGCUCAAAGUUGACACAGCAGUGCUCCAGGAGUGGAGGAACACUUUGUUGCAUCUCCAAGCAGUGUUGCAUGAUGCUGAGCAGAGGCAGAUUCGGGACGAAGCAGUGAAGAGGUGGCUGGACGAUCUCAAAGCUUUAGCUUACGACAUUGAAGAUGUGCUUGACGAGUUUGAAGCUGAAGCUAAGCGGCCCAGUUUGGUACAAGGACCUCAAACCAGCAGCAGCAGCAGCGGCAAGGUAUGGAAGUUCAACCUCUCUUUUCAUCCUAGCGGUGUGAUUUCCAAAAAGAAGAUUGGUCAAAAAAUAAAGAUAAUCACCCAGGAGCUAGAGGCUAUUGUAAAAAGAAAAUCUGAUCUUCAUUUUAGAGAGGGUGAUGAAGGAGUGUUAUCAGUGACUGAACAAAGGUUGACUACUUCUUUGGUGGAUGAGGUUGAGAUUUAUGGUAGGGAGGGUGAUAGGGAGAAGAUCAUGAAACUAUUGCUAUCUGAUGAAGUGGCUACUGCUGAUAGAGUUCAGGUGAUUCCAAUUGUUGGUAUGGGUGGGGUUGGAAAAACAACCCUCGCUCAAAUAAUCUAUAACGACAAGAGGGUGGGGGACAAGUUCGAUUUCAGACUCUGGGUGUGCGUAUCUGAUCAGUUUGACUUGGUAGGAAUAACAAAAGCAAUUUUGGAGUUGGUCCCUGAACAUUCAUCUAAUAAUUCUAACACCUUGCAAUCACUACAACAUAGUCUGCAGAAAAAGUUGAAUGGAAAAAGGUAUUUCCUUGUGCUGGAUGAUAUAUGGAAUGAGAACCCCGAUAACUGGAGUACCUUACAAGCUCCACUCAAAGCUGGAGCACAGGGCAGUGUAAUCAUAGCAACCACCCGCAAUGAAAAAGUAGCAUCAAUUAUGGGCACAACUCCUUUUUGUCGUCUUAGCGAACUAUCAGAUGAACAAUGCUGGUCAGUAUUUGCAUAUCGUGCUUUUGAAAAUAUAACUCCAGAUGCAACAAAAAAUUUGAAACCUAUUGGUCGGAAAAUAGUACAGAAAUGCAAAGGUUUGCCCUUGGCAGCAAAAACGCUAGGAGGUUUAUUGCGGUCUGAACAAGAUGAAAAGGCUUGGAAGGAAAUGAUGAAUAACGAAAUAUGGGAUUUACCAACGGAACAGAGUAACAUUCUUCCAGCUCUACACUUGAGCUAUCAUUAUCUCCCCACAAAAGUAAAGCAGUGCUUUGCAUAUUGCUCCAUCUUUCCCAAGGAUUAUGAAUAUCAAAAGGAGGAGUUAAUUUUGUUAUGGGUGGCACAAGGUUUUGUGGGUGGCUUCAAAGGAGAGGAGAUGAUAGAAGAAGGUGAAAAAUGUUUUCAGAACCUAUUGUCAAGGUCAUUCUUUCAACAAUCAAGUCAAAAUAAGUCAUUGUUUGUGAUGCAUGAUUUGAUUCAUGAUUUGGCCCAAUUUGUAUCCAGAGAAUUUUGUUUCAGAUUGGAAGUGGGAAAACAAAAAACCUUUUCAAAGAGGGCUCGACAUUUGUCAUACAACCGUGAAGAAUUCGAUGUCUCCAAGAAAUUUGAUCCCACUUCAUAAGGAUGAUAAGCUACGUACCUUCCUACCAUUAGGUAUGCCUGCUUAUGUUUCAACUUGCUACUUAGCUGAUAAAGUUCUAUAUGAUCUAUUGCCAACAUUCAGAUGUUUGCGGGUUUUAUCCUUGUCUUACUAUAAUAUCACUCAUUUGCCUGAUUCAUUUCAAAAUUUGAAGCAUUUGCGGUAUUUAAACCUUUCUAGCACCAACAUACAGAAGUUACCUAAAUCCAUAGGUAUGCUUUGCAAUUUGCAAUCACUGAUGUUGUCAAAUUGUCAUGGGAUUACCGAGCUGCCUCCUGAAAUCGAAAACCUCAUCCACCUACAACAUUUGGAUAUUUCUGGAACCAAAUUAGAAGGGAUGCCAACAGGAAUCAAUAAACUAAAAGAUCUUCGAAAAUUGACUGCUUUUGUUGUUGGCAAGCAUAGUGGUGCAAGAAUUACAGAGUUACAAGAUCUGUCCCACCUGCGGGGAGCGCUCUCCAUUUUUAACUUGCAAAAUGUGGUGAAUGCUACGGAUGCUUUAAAAGCUAAUUUGAAGAAAAAGAAAGACCUUGAUGACUUGGUGUUUGCGUGGGAUCCAUGUGUGAUUGAUAGUGAUUCGGAGAAUCAAACCAGAGUUCUCGAAAAUCUUCAGCCUCAUACCAAGGUGAAAAGGCUCAACAUUCAACACUACUAUGGCACAAAAUUUCCAAAAUGGCUAGGAGAUCUUUCAUUCACGAAUUUAGUUUUCUUACAACUUGAAGAUUGUAAAAGUUGCUCGUCCUUGCCACCACUUGGGCAGUUACAAUCUCUCAAGGAUCUCCAGAUUGCGAAGAUGGAUGAAGUACAAAACAUUGGUGCAGAUUUCUAUGGGAAUAAUGAUUGUGACUCAUCUUCAAUGAAGCCGUUUGGAUCCCUAGAGAUUCUGAGGUUUGAAGAGAUGUUAGAGUGGGAGGAAUGGGUUUGUCGUGGAGUUGAAUUCCCUUGUUUGAAGGAGCUUUAUAUCAAGAUCUGUCCAAAGCUGAAAAAGGAUUUACCCAAACACCUUCCUAAAUUAACAAAACUUGAGAUCAGUGAAUGCGAGCAGCUGGUGUGUUGUCUUCCAAUGGCUCCCUCCAUUCGUGAAUUGAUGUUGGAGGAAUGUGAUGAUGUGGUGGUUAGGAGUGCGAGCAGUCUCACCUCGUUGGCUUCUUUGGAUAUAAGGAAAGUUUGUAAAAUUCCACCCAUUCUUCAUAGCCUUGCCUCUCUUAAAAACUUGAACAUCCAGGAAUGUGAGAGUCUUGCAUCUUUUCCGGAGAUGGCGCUGCCACCCAUGCUUGAAAGGCUUGAAAUCAGAGACUGUCCCACUCUGGAGUCCCUACCAGAGGGAAUGAUGCAAAAUAAUACGACUCUGCAAUACUUGGAUACCUAUAGUUGUGGUUCUCUGAGGUCCUUGCCCACAUUGAAGACACUUUCUAUCCAGCGGUGCGAGAAAUUGGAGUUAGCACUCCAGGAGGAUAUGACGCACAACCACUACGCUUCCCUUACCAACUUAAAUAUAUGGAGUACUGGUGAUUCUUUCACGUCCUUUCCAUUAGCCUCCUUCACAAAGCUUGAGUAUCUUCGUAUCAUAAAUUGUGGAAAUCUGGAGUCCCUUUACAUUCCAGAUGGACUUCACCACGUGGAUCUCACAUCUCUCCAGAGCCUAUUCAUCUUUGGUUGCUCUAAUCUGGUAUCUUUUCCGCAAGGAGGAUUGCCCACUCCUAAUCUGACAUCUCUUUGGAUAACUUCGUGCAAGAAGCUCAAGUCACUGCCCCAAGGGAUGCACUCCCUCACAUCCCUUGAAAGUUUGACAAUAGAAGAUUGUCCAGAAAUUGAUUCAUUUCCAAUAGGGGGUUUGCCCACUAAUCUAUCUGAUCUUGAGAUCAGGAAUUGUAACAAACUCAUGGCCUGUCGGAUGGAGUGGCGCUUGCAAACGCUUCCCUUUCUUAGCUGGUUAGAGAUUGGAGGACUUGAAGAAGAAAGAUCGAAGUCAUUUCCUGAGGAGCGGUUUCUGCCCUCCACUCUCACCUAUCUUUCAAUUAAAAAUUUUCCAAAUCUGAAAUCCCUGGACAAGAAGGGCCUUGAGCACCUGACCUCUCUUGAAAUUCUGUCGAUUAACGAAUGUGAAAAGCUCGAGUCCUUGCCAAAACAGGGGUUGCCCUCCUCCCUUUCUCGUCUUUAUAUUGGGAAGUGUCCUCUGCUGGAGAAGCGAUGCCAAAGGGAUAAAAGGAAAAAAUGGCCCAACAUUUCUCACAUUCCCUGCAUCGUGAUAACUGGUGAAAUGGAUUUCUUAUAUAAAGAGGUCAUCUUGUCAUGAGGCACUUGCAUCCAAACUCUUGCCUUUCUAUGCAAUUAUUAAUUCAGUUUUUUAAUACGAUUUUCUAGACAAAAUGUUACAGGGCAACAAUCAGUUUCUUAGCAGUUUGAUGUUAUAUGGGCUGUAAAACUAUCCAUGUCAUGAAGAAUUUUUUAUGCUUGAGUGCGUACUAUCUUAUUAUUGAUUGAGGGAGCAAUUGGAGGGAGCAAAUGGAAAGACCUACCUGGUAAAGCCUUUGUAGACAAAUCAUCUUUCACAAAUAUUACAAUUCAGAUCCUUUGGAGUAGUUAGAAGUGAUGAAGCCUUCAAACACAGUGUAUUCAUAGCUACAGAGUGCCCUAUUUUUACAUAGCUUCCUCACUGGCAUCACUGAAGGCUUUGGAAGAGAAUGGAGAUUGCUGCUUAAAAAGUUAAUGCAGAACCACAAAGACAUGGAACUAUGCGAAUGGAGUAUAAAGGAAGUAAGAAGCAAAGUGAAGAACUAUGGCCAUGAAAGUUAGAUCAGCUUGCUAAGUUGGUAUAACAACACAAAGGGUUUUAUGUCUGACCAUGCGAUUGAAGAGAACAAAAACUUUCUCCAAGGCCUUUCAAAAUUGGGUUUUCCUACAGAACUAUAGAGGCUUUUGACUCUUCCUUUGUCUUGCAUAGCACUCGGGUAUGCUGUUUGUCUUGGAAAGAGCUUUGGCACGAUAAAAGGAUUCCCUACUUGGUUGGCUGAUUAUGGAUGGCUUUUGAAUUUGACCAAAAGUGUUCAAAGGUGUGGUCUCUGAUUCAGGCCACUGAAUGAGUUGUUAACAAAAACAUAUCUUGGAAAGUAAAUAUUCAUGGUAACUUUCAAACCUAAUUGUUUCUUCUCAUCAAAUUGGAGACAAGAGUUUGCUCAUUGCAUUUCAAUGUCAGUGGCUUCUGGUGUAAGAGCAAUGUUCUUGGCUAUCAAAAAGGCUUUACUACCAUAGCUGUUCUGUUUUGCUGGAGUUUUAUGUUAGACUACAUGCUGCAAGGGACCAAAACACUCUUCACAUCCCUUUAACAAUCCCAGACAGGGUUACCAUGAUAAGCUAUUAAAACCUAUGUCCAUCUUCAUGCUAUGCUGCUUCCUCUAUGGCAUCACUGAAGAAUUUGUUAUUUUGGUGCUUGAAUGGAGACUGGUGGUUGGAAGUUGAUGUCAAAUCACCAAGACCC